AACAACAAAAUAAUUCAACAUCACAACAACAAACAAAUAAUAGUAUCACACCAUUACAACAAAAUUCUAUUACUAAUAAUCAUCAUCUUAUUCCAAAUCAACAAUUACGUCAUAAACUUCUCGAAAUGAUUAAUGAUCGACAAUUAGAAUAUGCAUGUCUAAAUGCUCUUGGUGAAAUACAGCGACCAUUAGAGCAACCUCAACCAUCAAUUACAUUACCAUUAAUUCCACCGACCCCAACAGUAGCCAAAAAAUCACCGUUUUAUAUACAUAUGUUUGAAACUGGAAAACAAAUAACAUUAAAAGACUAUCAUUUAUUAAUGACUGAUAAACAACCACAAAGACUUCUAAUAAAAGAAGCUUUAGCUAUAAAAAGCUUAAAUCCCAUUCUAAAUAAGACAGUUGCAUCAACACCCCUCUACAUUUAUCCACCAGGUAUACCCUCAACCUUUAUACCUGAUCCUGGAGGUUAUAGGAAAAAGAAUCGAAAAAUUUUUAACACAAAAACCGCAAUAGACAUUCCAUAG